GCCUUAUGUUUUAUUUAUUUUUGGUACGUGAAUGACAAGGGAGAUGAACUGAUGCAAACGGAACGCGGACUCCAAGCCUAAAACAAUGAGGCAGAUUUAAGGAGAGAGUUGAGAGAGUGAGAGAGAAGAACUGUGUGUUGUGUGUGUAAGAGAGCCAUGGGGAAAUCUACCUCCUGCUUCAAACUAAUCACUUGCGGUGGCGAUGCGGCGGAGAAGGAUGAUUACCACCAAGUCUCUGAGAUCAAGGAAUCUAACGAUAAACGUGGUUGGAGUUUCCGAAAGAAAUCUGCAAGGCAUCGUGUGCUUAGCAAUACUGUGAUAGCAGAGGCCCCAUCUUCUGCAAAUAAGGAAACUUCAGAAUGUAGUACUUUUAAUUUUCAACCACUUCCUGAACCUAAUGUUGUUGAGAAGAUUUACACAACAAAUUGCUCUGAUGAGAAGCCCCAGUUAUCUUCCUUUGAAAGCUCACAAGUAGAAGAAACAAAUGUCAUUGAAACUGAGGAGAAGUUGGAUGUGAAUCCACCAGAGUCUGAUGUCAUCAUCAUCCAGGCUGCUAUUAGAGGGUUAUUGGCUCAGAGAGAACUACUACAGCUUAAGAAAGUAGUGAAAUUGCAAGCUGCUGUUCGUGGGCACUUGGUCCGGAGACAUGCUGUAGGAACCCUGCGUUGUAUUCAAGCCAUCAUCAAAAUGCAGAUCCUUGUGCGAGCUCGUCGUGCUUGGCAGUCACGUCUGGAAAAUCAUUUAAAUCAUAAGGAUGGCAAAAGGGAUUCCUCAGAAGCUUUGGGAAACAAAAAUCUCAUGACCAAAUCAAAUGUGAGUUACAUUUCCAUUGAGAAGCUGCUUAGCAAUAGGUUUGCUAGUCAGCUGUUGGAAUCAACACCAAAGAACAAACAUAUCCAUGUAAAGUGUGAUCCUUCUAAAUCCGAUUCUGCUUGGAAAUGGUUGGAAAGGUGGAUGUCAGUAUCAUCAAAAGAUAUUGCAGAGUGCAAAGAAACUAGUUCUUUGGCAGAGCAAUCAAGGGAAAGCAAAGAUAGUUCUCCCCUGUUUCAAUUCGAAACAGGUAUUCCUUCUGAACCUUUUCCCCAAGCAGCUGACUCAGAGCUCACUGUUGAAGAUUCACUUCUGCCAUCUGAGGAUGAAGAAAAGUUAAUUACUUAUGAUGCUAAUGACUUUGAGUUUCAAGCAAGCUACUCCACAUCAUCUAUUGUAAAAGAUGACUUGGUACAGGUUCCUCCUGAAGAAAGAAUUGCAUAUGAUGCUAAAGUUGCCUCAGACGAAGCUGAUUCCUUCCUAAAUGAAAAAUCAGCAUCAGAUGCAAGUGCCCCACCAGAGCUUAAUUUCAUUCAUAAGGGGCCUGAAAUUGCCCCACCAUCAGAGCAUCAUUCUCUUCAGAAGGGGACUGAAAUUGCCCCACCAUCAGAGCAUAGCUCUCUUCAUAAGGGUCCUGAAACUGCCCCACCAUCAGAGCCUAAUUAUUUUAAUCAGAAGCCUGAAAUUGAUGGUGAGCAGGGCAUACGAUCCAUGAAAAGAUUUGCCUCAGACCAAUUAGAGGCUGAAGGAAAGAAACCUGUAAAUGGUUCAAGAAAGGUCAGUAAUCCUGCAUUUAUUGCUGCACAGUCAAAAUUUGAAGAGCUUAGUUCAAUAGCAAAUUCUGUUAGGACAAGCAGUUUGUCCUACCAAGAUUCAGCUGUUGAAUCACAAGGAGACACCUCUUCUGUAGGCAAUGAUACUGCAUAUAGAUCAAAAGAGUUUGCAUUUGAAAAUCCUGCUGCUUAUCUUUCUAGGUUUGCUGGUUCUGAAUGUGGCACUGAACUCUCUAUUUCUUCCACUCUUGAUUCACCUGACAUAUCAGAGCCUGGAGCUACGGAAAAUGAGCGAGAUGCCAAAGAUUUAGUGGAAGGGAUUGGUAUUCUUGAGAACACUGUAAACCGUGAUGAUGAGGCCAAUGGCAAUGUUUCACAUGUCAUCCCAGCUUCUAACCUAGCUAAUUCUGUUUUGGAUAAGUCAGAGAUUGUUGAUGACAUUAGUGCCAAUUUGGGUCACUCGGUGGUAGCUGUGGACUCUGAAGAGCCUGCUAUUAAGACCGAGAAAAAUGCACCUGACCUGCAGAGAGAGCUGCCAGAGUCUGUUCUGCAAGAUUUAAGAUCAUCUCCAGAAGCUUCACCUAGAAGCCAUUUAACUGUCCCUGAAUCACAAGGAACACCUUCAAGUGAAGUGUCUGUAAAACCUAAAGAUAGUACAAUCAGCAAGACUAGAUCUGGCAAUAAACGUCGGAGCCUAUCAUUGAGUAACAAAUCACCUACAAAUCCAAAUCAUGAUUCAGGCUCAAAAGGCAGUAGGGAGCAACUGCCUAAAGAUCAGCAGAAUGGAAAGAGGCGCAAUUCCUUUGGCUUAGUAAAGCCUGAUCACAUUGAUCAAGAACCUAGAGAUAAUAGUACUAACAACAAUUCUCUUCCCCAUUUCAUGCUAGCUACCGAAUCUGCUAGGGCCAAGGUUAAUGCAAAUAACUCUCCAAGAUCAAGUCCAGAUGUGCAUGAACGAGACAUUGAAGUUAAGAAGAGACAUUCCUUACCUGGUGCCACUGGUAGGCAAGUUUCUCCCCGCAUCCAACGAUCAACAUCUAAGGCACAGCAGAGUGCCAAAGGAAACAAUGUACAUCCUCCUCAAGAGAGAAAAUGGCUGAGGUGAAUUGAGGGCGAAGUGUGCCGACAAGCUUCUAUGAUGAUUUCAUUUUAAUUGUCUUUGAAGCAUAGCUGCUCCGUUUUAUAUGUUUUUUUUUUUCUCCCCCUCUUUAUAUUUCUUGACUCUUUGUAUUCUUUGCCUCCCUUUUCUGCUUCCCCAAAUUUGAAGGUGCUCAGUUUGGUUGUGACUGUUGGGACCAUGCAUAUGUAAAAGUGAGUGAGGCUUAUAUAUGUACAUUGUUGCUCUGAUCAUGGUUAUUAUUGUACCAUACCUGUGAGGUGCAUGCGAUUUGUAAGUUUCAAAGUUCAGACUACGACUGCUUAUUUGAGAUAUUUUAAUGUUUGUUAAAUAUAUUUUGCUUGAUUUUUGACAA